CUUUCGCACUUCGGAGGCUUAGUUUCACUGCUUGAACUUGGGACUCACCGCCGCCCUCAGCUCCGCGUCGGGGACAAGCGCAGAGCGGGCGCAGGAGCGGAUCUUGGGCGCGCGAGGGGACUGUGCCGGCGCGCUGGACAUGAACCUGGAGGGCAGCAGCCGAGGCGGCGAGUUCGGCAUGAGCUCCGUGAGCUGCGGCAACGGGAAGCUCCGCCAGUGGCUGAUCGACCAGAUCGACAGCGGCAAGUACCCGGGGCUAGUGUGGGAGAACGAGGAGAAGAGCAUCUUCCGCAUCCCCUGGAAGCACGCGGGCAAGCAGGACUACAACCGCGAGGAGGACGCCGCGCUCUUCAAGGCUUGGGCGCUAUUUAAAGGAAAGUUUCGGGAAGGCAUCGACAAGCCGGACCCUCCUACUUGGAAGACACGUCUGCGAUGCGCUCUGAACAAGAGCAACGACUUCGAGGAACUGGUGGAGCGCAGCCAGCUGGACAUCUCUGAGCCCUACAAGGUGUACAGGAUCGUGCCUGAGGGCGCCAAGAAAGGAGCGAAGCAGCUGACCCUGGAGGAGCCACAGGUGCCCAUGAGCCGCCCGUACAGCAUGCCGGCUCCUUACUGCUCACUCCCAGCCCAGCAGGCUCACACCUACAUGAUUCCGCCCCACGACCGAGGCUGGAGAGAGUUCGUCCCUGAUCAGCCCCACCCGGAGACUCCGUACCAGUGUCCUGUGACCUUCGGGCCUCGCAGCCACCACUGGCAAGGCCCAGCCUGUGAAAACGGUUGCCAGGUGACAGGAACCUUUUAUGCUUGUGCCCCGCCCGAGUCCCAGGCCCCCGGGAUCCCCAUAGAGCCAAGCAUAAGGUCUGCCGAAGCCUUGGCCCUCUCAGACUGCCGGCUCCACAUCUGCCUGUACUACCGGGAAGUCCUGGUGAAAGAGCUGACCACAUCCAGCCCCGAAGGCUGCCGGCUCUCCCACGCCCACACCUAUGACGCCAGCAGCCUGGACCAGGUCCUCUUUCCCUACCCGGAGGACAACGGCCAGAGGAAGAACAUCGAGAAGCUGCUGAGCCACCUGGAAAGGGGCGUGGUGCUCUGGAUGGCCCCCGACGGGCUUUACGCCAGGAGGCUGUGUCAGAGCAGGGUCUACUGGGACGGGCCCCUGGCGCUGUGCAGCGACCGGCCCAACAAGCUGGAGAGGGACCAGGCCUGCAAGCUCUUUGACACGCAGCAGUUCUUAUCAGAGCUCCAAGCCUUUGCUCACCAUGGCCGGCCUCUGCCAAGGUUCCAGGUGACGCUGUGCUUCGGGGAAGAGUUUCCAGAUCCCCAGAGGCAACGGAAGCUCAUCACUGCUCACGUCGAGCCUCUGCUGGCCAGGCAGCUGUAUUAUUUUGCUCAGCAAAACAGUGGACAUUUCCUGAGAGGCUACGACUUACCCGAGCACGUCAGCAGCCCCGAGGAUUUCCACAGGCCCAUCCGCCACUCCUCCAUCCAAGAGUGAGGACGCCAAGACCAGAGACGUUGCUUCAUUGUAAAUGAAGAGAACAGCUGACUGAGCCCCUACUUUUUCUUUUGAGGAAUGUGGGAACUGGGGCUUCAGUCCCACACCUGAGGAAAACAUUGAAUUGACAGAUGAGCUUUUUCCAAAAGGAAGAAUGGUAUUCAGGGUCUUCUGUAGACCCUGACGAUAAUGUGAAAACUGACUGAAAUGUGUUUACAUUUACUGAAAUGCCAUGUCCAGUUUGAUGUGGACUCUCUCUUGCGUGAAGACUGAGAAACCUGUGUUUCAGUGCUUACCACUAAGGACGGCAUGAAGGCGCCCAAGAGCCGUUCUGCUUCUCAGGGAAGGAAAGCCUAAGUUUGAGUCUGCUCUGCCCACAGGAGAAGUGUACCGACACCUGUGGACGGCUGCUCUGUAGGAAAUGCUUGCUGAUAGAAGGACACAGACUCAGCCCUGGGGGUCCCUCCCCAGGAUGGCCCCGCCCACCUCCCAUCCACACUCCCUAUGGCCCCAGAAGCUAGUAGGCGAGACUCCGCUGUGUUUUCUUGAGCCAAAAGCAUUAGGGCCGCCCUGAAUAGAGCAUUUUUUCUACCAAUGACUGGUUAAGAUAGUUGUCUUUCUGCCUCUCGUUCUAUAGAAAUUAUUGCUAAAAUUUUUUUUCUUAAAGACAACAACAAAAAAAGACAGCUCAGCAAUCCGAGUACUAAAGGUGUAUUUUUGAAACGUGGUCGACAUUUCCCCUCUGGUCCUGCUUGUUUGUUAGGCGACCAGUUACCAUGGCAACACUAAGAGGAGGAGCCCCUACUUGUCCCGGUGGCGAGUCCUGUAGGGAAGGGAGGACAGGGCUUCACAGAUUGAGUAAUUGCAGGCUCUGUGAGCUGCUUUUGCUUAUUGGUAUAUUAUAUGCUUCCUCAUGCCAGUAACGGUUUGACAGGGCCUUAAAAAUGCUGGGCUUUUUCCAAAUACAGCUCUUCAUAGAAUUACUAAGAUCUCCACUUGCGUACUUAAACCUGAUCGCUUACUUGUUGUUCCUUCUGGGAAAGUAGAGAUAUUUAGACUGUGACGUAGCAGCUGUAUUUCUGUCAUACCGGGAAAUAACUGCUGUUACUUUAGGCUCAGCACAGGACUCGAUAGUUCUCUUAUUCUAGUCUAUAUUUUUAAUUCAUUCAACAAACUUGCAUUAGACAGAUUGGAGCUUUUAUCCAGCUUAGUAAGCAAUGAAGCCUGAGAAUGUCGUUUCUUUCUGUUUUUUCUUUUGAAGAAGUUUUUAGGGAUAAAAUAAUACAUAUCAACUGCAAAAUAUAAACUGUGUAAAA